AUGUCAAAUUAUCUAUGCGAAGAGUUGAUUGUUGAAAUCUUCAUCAGACUACCACCCAAAUCCCUCCUCCGAUUUAGAUCACUCUCCAAAUCAUGGUGUUCUAUUAUUUCUAGCCCCGAAUUCAUCCAUACACACACUUUUCAAUCCCCACAAAAAUUCCUCAUUGUGCAUGAAGUUUUUCGGGAAGAAAAAUACUUUUAUACAUUACAUUCAGAAGAUCAAUUGCCAUUGUGUCCUAGACGUGGAUACAUUGGUAUACCACCAGUCGAGUUUCCUUAUAGAUUUCAUUCCCAUAUUAAUCGUCCAUAUAAGCGAAUGUUUCCUUACACAAGAUCUUUCCAUAUUGUUGGUUCAUGUAAUGGAAUUGUCUGCAUUUUCGACAUACACAAAAACAUUAUUAGUCUUUGGAACCCUUCAGUUAGGCGCAACGUAACACUACAAGGUCCUUCGAACUGCUUAAAUUGGGUAACAGCCGGGUUUGGUUUUGACACAAUAACUAAUGAUUACAAGAUAGUGAGAAUAUGUCGCCCCAAAAGUGGAGAAUGUGUACGAAGUUCCCAUGUUUACACCAUGAAAAUAGGCACUUGGUGUGCGAUUGCUUCCCCAACUCCUUUAUUUCGUGAUGUGUUAUCAAAGGCGUGUUUUGUCAAUGGAGUAUUGCAUUGGAUGGUAGAAUGUUAUGUUUUUGAAUUAGAUGAUGUAGAUCGUCGUUAUAUACUGACAUUCGAUUUGAACACUCAUGUUUUUGGCAUGAUUGCAUUGCCAGAACCUAGUUGCAAAAUACAAGGACUAUCAGCCAUCCAAGGGUAUCUAGCUGUGAUUUCUACUAAGCAUGAUAAUGCUUGGAUUUUGGUGUGGAGAGAUGCUUCUUGGUCUGUGUUUCAUAAAUCGAAAAUCAAUCUACUUAAAGGAGGAUUAAUGCGAGUUUUGCUACCGACCAACAAUGGUGAUUUGUUGUUCAACAUUUAA